ACGUGUCUUUCACGGACAUGAAUUCAAUCCAACUACUGAAUGCAAAUAAAAUCACUUGGAAGGUCAUUCUUUUGAUCUAAUUCCAUAUCAAUUCCUCAAAAUUUACUGGUCAAAUUGAAUGCACUUAGGUCUUGUUACUCAAUCUUCCUGCUACAUAUUUAGAAGCAAAACUGGAACAACAAACAUUAUAAUCCAAGUAUAACAAUUGACAAAGAUUGAGGCAGAAAAAUUAAAUCUAGAAACCAUGUCGGGAAGUUAUCGUUCUACCAUUGUAAAUGUAAUGAAGUUCAAGGACGAAGCUCCCAUGACGAGCAGCAAGAAUUUGGUAGCCGUCACUCUGUUAAUUGCCUCAUCUCUCGUGUUCAUCCAGCGUCAUCGGAAAAUAAGGCCAUCAUUACGUUCACUAAGUGGUACAGUUUUCAAAGAUCAGGAUCAAGGUGUUUCAACAACAGAAAAGCUUGAGGAAGAAGGAGGCCUUGAACUCGAUUGUGUUGUUUGCCUUAGCCGAGUGUCUCGGGGUGAUAAUUACAUGAUCCUUCCAACAUGCAAGCAUGGAUUUCACGUCAAUUGCAUUGAUGCUUGGCUGCAGAGGCAUUCUACUUGUCCUCUAUGCAGAUGUCCAGUUCCUCGUACUCCCGUCCAGUAUUGCUCCAUUAGUACUCAGGACCCAAAUUUAGAUGCUUUGAUCUCUUAUAUUCUUCGUUUGUUGGAUCAUGUUCGGACAUGGCUGAUGUACCCACUCAAUGCUUUGAGCGAGGACUGUCUUCGUUUUCCUUGAAGAUCAAGAUGAAUACGACA